UCCUCUGUUAUGGAGCGCGUGUGGCGGAGUGUGUUCAGGUGUGUGUCUGAGUGUGUGUAGCUGAGUGUGUCUGUGUGUGUGUCUGUGUGUGUGUGUGGCUCCGCAGGUUUGAGUAGAAGUAUCAGGAAUCCGCAGAGAGAUGUGGUGGCUGCUGUGGGUGCUCGGCGCCUUGCUGGCUCUCUUCUGCAGCCUGGAUGUGUGGUACUUCCUACGAGUGGCGGCAACGGUGGCCCGGGCCUGGUUCCAGCCUCCUGUCUGGGACGUCACAGCAGAGCAGGUCCUGACAGGCCGGGUCACUCCCCAUGACAUCGACAUGUGCCACAUGAACAAUGCUCGUUACCUCCGCGAGUGCGAUUUCGCCCGCUUCUCUCUCUACACACGCAACGGCGUGUUCAAGGCCGUGCGAGCCCUCAGAGCUUCGAUGGUGGUGGGGGCCACCACCAUUCGUUACCGAAGAGCUCUGUGUAUAGGUGAGGGCUACGAGCUGCGUAGUCGGAUCGUGACUUGGGAUGACAAAGCCUUUUUCCUGGAGCAGCGAUUUGUUUCAACAAAAGACGGCCUGGUGUGUGCCGUCAUGUACUGCAAGCAGAGUGUGAUCCGCUGCAGCCCGGACAAGAUCAUGCAGCAUCUUUGCAAAAGAAAGGUGGAGUGCCCUGAGUUUCCAGAGGACCUUCAACACUGGGUCAACUUCAUCUCAGCCAGCAGCCAGGCCCUCAGGGCAGAGAGCGGACUAGAGGAGAAGAACAAAUAAAGCUGUGAACAGGCAGCGAUCAAGAUUCAAAGUCUUCUGAGAGAAAUAUUUGCGGCUGUUCGCUGCUCGACUGUAACAUGCUUGUGCCUACUUUACUCUUGAUAUAGAGCUUUACAUAGAUGCCAACACUAAAAAAACGACAUACCUCAAUAGAGAAGUAACAUGAUUAUAUGUUUUCAUGUACCAUAUAAGCAUUAAAACAAAUGAAUUUUGAAAUCUA